UAGCUACUCAGGAGUUCUGAUCCAUUUGACAUAUCCAACCCAUUUUUUGUAACUACUUUUUAGCUCCACCUCUGGUUUCAUUUAAAAAAAAAGCAGAAAGAAAAAAGAAAAGGCACUGGAGAAAAGUUGUUGACCCUGGCCAUUCCUGUAACCCCCCCACCCCUCCAACCCAGCGGAGGAUAGGGGGCGGGGACCAGUUACUGCAAGAGCAGCAGCAACUGUGCCCACUCGCACAAGGCCUCGGACCGGACUAGAACAAUUUUUGUUAGAGCUGUCCCAACAGUUUGGUCCCACAACUGCGACAUGCCGUUUGCCAAGCGAGUUGUGGAGCCUCAGUUUCUUUGCAGGUACCACAUCCCGAACACGGAGGGCGUGUUGUUCGAUGAUCUGUUUUGCGUAAACAACCUGGCUUUGUCCCGAAGUCUGCGGCAGCUUUCGGACAUGGCCCAACACGCCUGCUCCAUUUUUAAGGAGCUGGAGAGCGAACUGUUAUCCAACAGUCUCAGGCUCCGUGGGCUUCAGAGUAAACUUAACCGACUCCAGGAGACCUGCUCCAGAUUGGAUUAUCAACUGGAGUUAGUGCCGGAAUCCAGUCUUGACAUUGAAUGUAAGGUGAAAUCCCAUUACCAGAUAACGUAUCACCAUCCAAAAAAAAUCUUCCAACCAUCUUCGCGGCCAACGUGUGUGGAUGAGCUCUACAGGCAGGCCAGUUUUGGCUUGUGGAUGCUGCACAGUGAUCACCAAAGGAGACAAUCAGGAAGCAGUGAGCAAAUUGCAACUGUGCCUCGGAUACCCAAGUACCCCGCCGCUAACAGUAGAAAACACAGAACCUCAAAUUUAACAAUGUUAGAAUCCAUCGACACCUUCUUCCCCACCAAAUGUUGUCGCUUCUCUCCCUGGAGCAAAAAGGAUGCACUCUCUGACUCUGACACUGAUGGGGUGGCUCUGGGUCUUUGUUCUAAGUUUCCCAUUCCUAACACACCCUCCACCUUGGACAAGCAGACUAACUGGACUAAAGCUUUGCCGCUACCUACUCCCGCCGAGAGAAUGAAAAGCAACUCUCAAGUCAUCAUUUCUUCCGUCAUCCCCAUAAAUGUGACAGGGCUGACUUUUGACAGAGAUGCUACUCUGCACUGCUCGGUUAUCAACUCAAAGCCUAUGCUUCAGAGAAGGAGGACGCUGAGGAGGAGGAAAAUGGACACUUGUCAUUUGCAAGAUUUCGGUAGGUUACCACCAACGGCACUGUGUAAAGAUACUUGUGGCAGCAGCUCCACCUGUCCCUCACAGACAUCAGAAACAGUGCCUCCUGCUGCAUCUUCGUCACUUACCAGCUCGUGUCAGAGUGACUCCGAGCUCUCUCUGAUUAGCCCCACCCAUGCCAACGAUGACUCCGCCGACCUCGUUCUCGACCAUUGUCCGGACCCGAGGGCUCAGCGUUCAGGCUCUUUUUCCUCCACUGUCACGGACGUACUGGAAAGCGCCGGUAUUGAAACAGCCGUUGAGCAGGAGUGGAGUAACAGCCAUGUCGGGCAUUCGAGAUCUGAGCGUUUAAGUCCCGACAAGGUGGAAAACAUCCUUGCUUGCUCCAGUUUCACCAGUAUAGUCACAUGCGAGAGCAGCUUAUCUGACAAAACGCCAUCCGAGAAAGCCGACACCGUGUCACACUGCUCUGUGGACACGGAAGGAUAUUACACAUCCAUGCACUUUGACUGCGGCCUAAGGAGAAGCGCGAGCUACGUGUACAGCGACUGCACACCAUCUGGCUCGGAUUUCGUCCUGUCAGAUGUGGGUUACUCCAAGACUUUGGGCCGAAGUUGUCUUUUUUUAAGGAAAUCAAAAAUAAAACCGUACCCGCCGAAGAGGAUUUCAUCGUUGACAACCAUAUGCAAUCUGGAGAACCACCCUGAUGAAAAUGAAGCAAAACAUUUUUUGCCUUUUUUAUCCGCUAAGGAGGAGAAACCUCGGCUGGUUUCAACCAGCACUACAGGUCAGUCGGAAUACUCGUUUUUAUGCAGGGGACCAUCAGCAAUGCGGCAGUGGCUUCUCCCAGAUGAUCCUUUUGAAUCAGCUGUUUUGAGCUUCUCGGGUCAAUUUAAAGACAAGGGUAUCAUGCAAACCAGUGUUUCUCAAAGUGGCUUACAAUUCAGCGAUUCCUCUCAACCCUCGUUGAACUCCAGUGAAGAUAAGACGGUCGAUGAGCAUAUUAGAUACCAGAUGACGUUGGUGUGCCAGUGUGACACCGCUGCUUCACCGUCACCAACAGAUGACGAGUUUAAGGCAAUAUCGCCCACGACGCCGACCACAAUUACAAGCCCGUCCUGCGGUUACUCGAGUGAUUACCCUACCCACACCUCUUCAUUCCCUUUAUCUUUCGCCCCUGCGCCACUGUCACCACCUAAUGGCAAAAGCAAGCCCAAUGUCCCGGAGAGGAUGUCUUCCCUUUCUUCUCAGUCUCUACAGUGGCAGUCCAUCAAGAAAAAAGACAAAACGACCACGAGUGAUGAUGGUAACACGAUUAUGGAAUACAGGAAGGGCAUUGAAAUGAACACUCAAAAUAAACAGAACAUACCAAAUUCUUGUAAAGUAUUCAGCUCAACAGGCAUACCCGUCACUCUUGACUCAGUGAUGCAACGAUCCCUCACUGACAAAUGUGAGAAGGAGAUGCUAACGUGCGCAUCUGCAUCACAUCUACAUUUUGUAUCAUUAGAUGAGCUGGGUAAAGCCCUAGUGUCACCCGUAGAGCGUUUCGGCCAGACAAGGUGUGAGGAGGACGAGCUGGAGAGUUUUGAAAUGUACAGUUUAUUGUCAGAAACAGCAGCGGACAUUGGUGAGGACUCUUUGAGACAGACCGAAGUUACAUGCGAGGAGUCGAAGACAUUGAAAAAACAAGAUGCGUGUUCGACUUCUGCUCCCCUGCUCAGCUCCGACCCCAUCGAGGGGUCGGCUGCCGAAAGCAAAUCCGAGUGGGUUCUUAUGAAUAAAAACAAUAUCGAGGAUGACAGUGAGGAAGAUAAACAUGAGUCAUCAGAUGGCUACGCCAUGAAAGACUCACCAUCCCCAGAAAGUGACGCAGUGUCUCCUUUGAGGGAUUUGUCAGGAACCGAUGAUCCGCCACUCUCCAAAAUUCACAGCACCGAAGAUCUGUUUACCAUAAUUCACAGGUCUAAAAGGAAAGUCUUAGGUCCGAGGGACUUCAACAAGCUGCCAGCAACCUGUCCUGCCUUUGCAUCAGGAAGCCGAGCAAUCACUAGCAACAUGAACGGUGCUGCAAGAUCUCUGCUCCCAAAAAUGUCAUCCUCCUCUGUCACGCUGCCGAGCCUGCAGAAAGUCCCUGUACCCAUAUACAGGAAUGUCAAGAAAUCCAGUACCUCUAAAGAAGAUUUUAAACAGUUACUGCUGAAGAAGGGCAGUUGCUCGAACUCAAACUACCGCAUGUCCGCAACAGACAUUCUCAAAAGCCCCGUUGUGCAUAAAUCUCAGAAGGACGUAUUGUCCGAGUCCCCUUUCCUGCUGCAACAGCCAGAGGAGCAGAGCAUUUCUCCCCUGCAGCAGAAUUCUGGUCAGAUCGAUUUCCUUCCUAGAGCAAAUGCUGAUGGAUACUUCCCCAGAUCCUCCCCAGUAUUCUUCAGUUCUGGACAGGGGCGUUCAAGGAUCCUGCCGCCUGCCAACAGCCGACACAGUGCCCGAAGUAGACCAUAUUUGGCCUUGAUGCAGGUGAUAUCAGAGGGAGAGACAGAAAAUUCAGAUGGAAGUCCUCACGAAGAAAACCCAUCACAGGGCUAUUCAUAAGUUACUGAAAUAAUUAUGAAAAAAGUUGUAUUUUUUAGUAUUUUCUUCUUGUACAAAUUAGUUUUGCAUAAUCAAGUAUUUUACGGUGUCCAUACUUUUGGUAAACAUAGUGAAUAUUAAAAAAUAUAUAUAUAUAUUUUGUGUUUAGAAUCACGAUGAUUGCGAAUAUGCAAAGCUUCCACGAGAUGGUUAUAUUUUAACCAAUCAUUUCUUCCAUUAUUUUCUGUAUAAAUCAGUGAGUCAUCAAUAGGAUUGUCCAGUUUGCUUUCUGUAUUCUGUGAAAAUCUAUGCAAUUUUUUUUGUUUGUUUUUUUUU